CAUAUUUUUGCCCGGAACCAAUACAUUUAUUCUUCGUUUCCACCGACCCGUUUAUUUUACAGGACCACUGUAUUGACAACAGUAACACGUGAGAAAAGCAAAGAUCAGGCUACAUAAAUAAUGAUAGCAGUGGAGGCUGGACUGUAUAUCGGAUCUGUGUCCGAUCUAAAGGACGUGCAGAUGUUAACAGAUGCAGGUAUAACGCAUAUACUGACCGUUGACUCGGAUGAACCUGCUCUUACUGGAUUUCACACGAAAUUUGUCCGCGCUCUGGAUGAUGCAUCUACAGAUCUCCUUAGCAAACUGGAUGACUGUGUCAGCUUCAUAACGGAGGCUCAGACACAGUCUGAACUAUCUGCUGUUCUGGUGCAUUGUCAUGUGGGGCAAAGUAGAAGCGCUGCUGUGGUGACAGCUUACUUAAUGAAAACACAAGGCCUGAGUUUACAAGAUGCAUAUACUAAACUACAAAACCUAAAGCCUGAUGUAAAAAUGAAUGAAGAGUUUAUGGACCAGCUGGCUCUUUUCGAAUUAAUGGAUUGUAAAGUAGACACCACAAAUCCCUUAUACAAACAGUUUAGAUUAAAGAAAAUUACAGAGAAAUAUCCAGAGCUCCAGAAUGUUCCAAAAGAAGUGUUCGCUGUUGACCCUGCCCAAACCCAGAAUGCAGAGGCUGUUUACAGAUGUAGAAAGUGCAGGCGGACACUUUUCCGCCACUCCAGCAUUUUGAGUCACUGCGUGGGAGGCGGAGCUUCAGCAUUCUCUCAUAAAAAGACCAAGAUAGUGACCCCUACACAUGAAGAGCAGACACAGUGCACAUCCUACUUCAUAGAGCCAGUGCAGUGGAUGGAGCAAGCCUUGCUGGGUGUUAUGGAUGGACAGCUUUUGUGUCCCAAGUGCAACUCAAAGCUGGGCUCCUUUAACUGGUAUGGUGAACAGUGUUCAUGUGGCCGCUGGGUGACACCGGCCUUCCAGAUGCACAAAAACAGAGUGGAUGAAAUUAAAUACAUCAGUAUAUGUCCACUCAAAUAACCCACAAAUAAUCAUUUGUAUGACAUGCAUGGGAUUAUUUUGUUAUCGUUAAAAAGAAUGGAAAUGGAAAAAUAUUGAAGACAACAGUGUUGUAAUAUAUGUUUAGAUACAUCAAUAUUUUUCAUAUAUUUUAUAAAUACAGAUUAGCACAGUGCUUUAUGUGAACGCAAUUUGUUUUUGCAUGGAAAGCACUGAUUCCAUCUAUCUAUUUGCUUCUGAUUAAAUUUGUGUUGGUCCUUAUUCAUUUUUAAGAACUGACAAGCAUUAGU